GUCUCCCUCUCCCCUGCUCGUGUACUGACACCCCCUCCCGCAUAUCAACAUUACAGCAUCACUUCAGUGAUAUAUCGGCUCCGCAUCGCAACAAUACUCCAGGCGUUAAUGUAAUUAUUAGUAAAGCAGUAUUUAUAAGCACAGUGCAGGUUAGCAAUGGUACAGAUGACCGGAUGAUGAUGACCAUGGAAACAGAUGCGUAAAUAAUAGCAUCCAUGCCGAAUGACAACAAUCUGAAGAUGUGAUGAUUCCCAGAACCCAACCCUGUCAAAAGACAACAGUGCCAUCAUGAAUUUUUCAUCAAUAGUCUUAUUUAUGCCUCUAUUCUGGAUCAGAGCUUCGGGACAGUGCUGGCAGGCCGCAACCUAUUCAGAGAGUGUGGUGUCACCGGAGCUGAGGAGCAGCAGUAUCUUGCGGGUUCCAGAAGUGUCGUCUUUGGCCCAGUGUGCAGGAGCCUGCUGUGAUCUCCCGGGCUGCGACCUGGCUUGGUUUUUUGAACGCCGCUGUUAUGUGCUAAGUUGCCAGCGCAAAGAGAACUGCCAGCCGAAGCAGAGACCCGGUGCUGACUCUCUCUUGGCUUUCCUGCAACGUGGGCCUCCACAGACAUUGGUUCUGCAGUCUUUAGUGCGGGAAGACUCUUUUCCUAACCACUGGCAACCUCUGCCCAGGCACAGGGGCUCAGAAGAUCCAAUGAAGGACCUUGCCUUGUUGGAAGAUAUUCAGAAUUUGGACAGCAACGAUGCAGAGUAUGCUGAGAGUUUUCGAAGUUUAGAAGACAAAAGAGUUGAUGGUGUUGAAGCAAGGAAUGGUGGGACACUAGAACACGAGGAGCGCCCAGGACUAUAUGAUUGGCCAGUUCUUCAAGGAAAAGAAGAAUUCAACCAAUCAGAGGCAGAGAUAGUUGGGGGAGAACUGACAACACUGCGGGGGGACCCAUUGGAAAGUAGCACCUUAUCCCCAAGCAACUUACCUGAAUUGAGAAAUGAAAGCAAAUCGUCUCUUAUUGAAGCAGAACCCACUGUUUCACCUUUGUUGACUACUAUACUCAGCCUAAGGGUUAAAGAAGACCCUGAGAACAUUAUGUCUGUUAGUACUGAGCCCAACUCGUUUCAAGAUAUCAACACGGAGCCCCUGAAGUUUAGCACACUUGCUAGUUCCUUCACUACUCAGCCCAGCAAUGAGCCCACAUCACAGAUGAUCUCAGAAGAGCCAGUGAGAACCCUGAAUGUGUCCAUUGGAGACCCCAUGGAAGUAAAGCUGCCUCUUAACACUGUUGAGUUGACAGCUUCAGUCAGUCCAGAAGACACUGCAGAGGCUCCUUACACGUACGACUGGAGUUUAGUCGGUUUCCCAGAUGGACAUUAUGGAGUGAUAGAGGGGCGGCACAACAAGUCUGUCAAACUUUCAGAACUUAUUGUGGGUGUCUAUGUUGUUAGAGUGGUUGUAAGGGGAAAGCAAGUAUAUGGAGAAAGUGUUUUGAACUUCACUGUACAUCCUGCAGUGAAUGUAAACAUGCCUCCUAAAGCCAUCACUUUGCCCGAGAGCCAAGAUGUGCUUCUCCAGACUGACUCGGUUUUCAUCAUCAAUGGCAGCCAGAGCUUGGAUGAUGAUGGGAUUGUCAGUUAUCUGUGGGAGAAGGUGAAUGGCCCUCUAUGGGAACCUGAGGGACCAGUUGACACACCUGUUCUGCUGUUAAAGAACCUUUCACCUGGUGAAUACACCUUCAGGUUGACAGUGUCUGAUUCUGAUGGGCAGACUGACUCCAGCACUUCCACCGUAAGGGUCAGCAGUCCAAAAGAUGACCCUCCUAAAGCCCGAGCAGGUCAUGAUCAGGUCAUCACUCUGCCUCUCAACCACCUCACCCUGUUGGGUAACCAGAGCACAGAUGACAAUGGCAUUAUGAGCUUCUUCUGGACUCUACAUCCCAGCAGCCCAAACCAAGAGGUUACCAUGCAGGGUGUGAAGUCACAAUUUUUGCAGCUCUCUGACCUCCAGGAGGGUCGGUAUACAUUUCAGCUGACGGUCACUGACUCCAUAGGUCAACAGGACUCAGACGCCCUUUCAGUCACUGUCCUACCUGGUAUCACACUGUCAAACAGCCCACCAGUCGCAAUAACAGGACCAGACAUGCAGUUCAUUCUCCCAGUCUCCAGCAUCACAUUGAAUGGGAGUGGCAGUGUUGAUGAUCAUGCUAUCAGAAGCUACCAAUGGGAGAUGAUCAGUGGCCCUUCGGGCUUAAAGAUGAAGGAUGCUAACAAACCGGUUGCUAUAGUGACGGGACUUAGAGCUGGGAAUUACAAGUUCAAGCUGACAGUAAAAGAUGAGCAGGAAGCAACAGACAGCGCAAUACUGACCAUUGCCAUUAAAGAAGCCAAAAGUCUACCAUUGGUUGCCCAUGCAAGCGGCAGUCACACACUGACUUUGCCCAAGAACUCACUGGUGCUGAGGGGCUCCGUGUCCAACAGUGGAGCAGCCAAUGUGUCUUUUCUGUGGGUCCGAGAUGAACAAAGUCCUGCUGCAGGGGAUGUGUUAUAUGGUUCAGAUCACGAGGCCUUCCUUUACCUGGCCAACCUGGUAGAGGGAACAUACCUGUUUCAACUCCGGGUCACUGAUGCUCAGGGCCGCUCAAGCACGGCCACAGCUACCAUAGAAGUGCGACCUGAUCCACGUGAACGAGAGGAGGUGGAGCUUGAGCUCCAGGUGGGCGUGGCUCAGGUCAGUCAGCAGCAGAAGGACACAGUGGUGAGACAGCUGGCCGCUCUACUGCAUGUUCUGGAUUCAGACAUUGCAUUGAAGGGCCUGCACGGACAGUCAGACAUCAGCACAGUAUUUAGGUUCUCAGUUCAAGGUGCUGAUGGAACCCUCCCGGGUCCUAAACUUGCCCGGCUCCUAAGAAACCAGCUGUUACAUGAAAAGACAGAUUUUUUACUCUUCAAAGUCCUGCGAGUGGACACAGUCAUGUGCUUAUUGCUGUGUUCUGGACGUGGCGAGUGUGACCCUAUUACAAAGAGCUGUUCCUGUGACCCUCUCUGGAUGGAGAACCCCAUUCGCCGUUUCCUUGACGACAACGGGAGCAACUGCGAUUGGAGCGUGUUGUAUGUCACCAUCUCUUGUUUAGUGACAGUCAUUUUCCUCUUGUCGGUCAGCUGGGUUUGCAUCUGCUGCUGUAAAAGAGGGAGACGCACAAAAGUAAGGAAGAAAACGAAGUAUACAAUACUAGACAACAUGGAUGAGCAGGAAAGAAUGGAGCUCCAACCAAAGUAUAACAUCAAACACAGGAGCACAGAGCACAACUCCAGCUUGAUGAUGUCAGAAUCAGAACUGGACAGCGAGCAGGAAAAUAUUUUCAACCACACAAGAGCCGGUAAAGCCAGUUACAGAGCCAACGGAGAGCUCCGAAACAGAGACGUUCUCAACCUCUGACCAGUGGAAGGUUAAGCUCCAGGUGAAAAGUUUUUUAGGGUGGACUUGGAUCAGGACAUUACAAGGGCAGAGUGGAAUAUUCCAGUUUACAAAACUGGCAGACUACUGAAUGCAAUGUCUAAAUGUAUAAAUUGCCACUGCACUGGUUUGCUGAAUGAUACAUUUUGACUUUCCUAAGUGCCGAUGGCAUAUUCAGUUUGAAUUUAAGCUGUGCAUUACAAUCGCGAUGCCCCUUAUAUGUGCGUAAUAACGCUUGUAUGUUCAGUGAUGCUGUGCAAACAGUUAGCAUCUGUCUUGAUUUUUUUAUCAGUGUUUUUGCUUCACAGAAACAUUUUGGGGAUAAAUUGCAUUUAACUCAGGCAUAGAAAGGAAAUUUUUUUAAGGUAAGCCAAAAUGCCCUUUUCUUUAUGCAAAAAAGUUUUAUUUAAAGCUGCAAUCCGUAACUCUGGCCUCUAUAUCGCCAUCUCUGUUUGAAAUAUAAAAUUGCAGCUAUUUGUGGAGUGAAGUUCUGUGCGUGUAUUGUUGUGCUUCGCCCCGCUACUCUUUGCGGAUGAAUGUGAUGUCUUUAACAGAUGAUUCCCUAGAUGUAAAUAUGUCAGUUUAUUUAUAUGCUGUUCAGCAGAUAAUUGUCUUUUGAAACUUUACAGAUUAAAGGGAUAGUUCGGCCAAAAAUGAUAUUAAACCCAUGAUUUACUCACCCCCAAGCUGUCUGAGUUGCAUAUGUCCAUCGUUUUUCAGACAAACACAUUUUCGGAUAUUUUAGAAAAUGUUUUAGAUCUUUCAGUUGAUUAAAUGUAUUGUUACGGGGUCCACGACCUUCAAGUCCAAAAAAAGUGCGUCCAUCCUUCACAAAAUAAAUCCAAACGGCUCCAGGAUGAUAAACAAAGGUCUUCUGAGGGUAAUCCGCACGGUGUUGUUGUAGAAAUAUCCAUAUUUAAAACUUUAUUAACGUAAAUAAAUACCUUCCGGUAGCGCCGCCAUCUUAGACUCCUCUGUAUUCAGGAGAGAGUAUUAGCGUAGUGUACGCACUUUUCUUAGUGACGUUUGACAAAUUCGGAGGGCGGGGGCACAGGGCAGCAGCAGAAUAGCCUCUGUAGGCUGCGUAAGCUCUCAUCCUGAAUGCGGACGCGACUAAGAUGGCGGCGCUACCAAAAGGUAGUUAUUUACGUUAAUAAAGUUUUCUUUAUUAACAACCAAAAAUUUUUUUAUGGAUUGCAGCUUUAAAAAUAUUUUGUUAAUCAAUGUUGUGUGGCCGAUUGACAACAAGUCUUUACUCAUUAUUUGCUGGUAUUGUCGAAUGAUGGCAUUUAAAUCUGCUACAUUUCAGAUGUUUGGUUUUAUAGCCUAAAAUGUUUGCUUAUUCUGAAACCGCAAUAGAAGCCAUUUAGGUACAAAACCUAUUUCAUUACAAACAUUAUUGUUGUCACGUCUCAACAAGAAGACAUUUUGUUUUAACUAUAAAAAUUGUGUCAAAAAUAAAAUCGUGGCGCUACACAGAGACAAACUUUUUUCUUUAGAGAGAAGCCCUUUUGUUUUUAUACUUUUGUGGUUCUUUGUAAGAUUCAGCGAUCUGGGGCUGGUUGCAUAAACAGUGCAGGUAAGUAAAGACUGUGUCUUAAGAACUAGUCUGACCAACUAACAAUUAGUUAGGGCUAAUCAGGCUUAUCUCAGAUUUAAAUUAGAUCAGUCUACAUUUUUAUGCAACAAAAAUUGAUGACUAAUCUAAACAGUUUA